CAUGGCAUUGGUAGCUCCAGUAAAUGGCACCACCAUAGGGGCGGUAUGUCACACUGCUACCCCACUGAGGACACGGUGCAUAGGGACUGUCUAUCAAGCUCGACCUCCUUGGGGGAAAUAUUCACGAGAAAUAACUCCAGUGAUGUCUAUCACACCAGCAGCUCCAAUCCUACAUCAAGUCUCCAGGGCAGUGUGAGUAGGAAUGGAGUGUUACCGCAAGUCUUUGAUCAGUUUUUCGAUACUGCUCAAGGGAGCGCAGACAACACACCAACAAGCGAACACUCCGUGGACAGAACUGCCGCCAAACAACCUAUAGUUCCGGUGACCGGUACCGACAAGUGCCGGGAUACAGAGGAGGGAACGCCGGGCGAGGUGAGCUGCAGCCCGGUGUCUUCUUCCGGCAACAAUGAAGAGAAAUAUAGCGCCAGCGGUGGACAGAGAACCCGUAAGAAGAGAUGUCCCUACACCAAAUACCAAAUCAGAGAAUUGGAGAGGGAGUUCUUUUUCAGUGUUUACAUCAACAAGGAGAAACGUCUUCAACUUUCGAGGAUGCUCAAUCUCACCGACCGCCAAGUUAAAAUCUGGUUUCAAAACAGGAGGAUGAAAGAGAAGAAAUUGAACAGAGACCGUUUGCAGUAUUAUACCACGAACCCUAUGCUGUAACACUGGCUGAUGGAUGUCGC